AUGAUUCUGUGUCCAAACCACCACGUGACGUUGAAAUCAGGCCCAACUCUCGGACCUCUCUGCGUCUCCGAGGGAGUGCAGGACACGAAGCUGUGCCGGGGCACCCAGCGCCGAGGGGCUGCAGGCGGCCUGGCUGCACAAGACUCCAAGUCGCGUCAGUGCGGCAGCAAGCCGCCGCCCAGGCCCUGGUCGCUGGAUGGCUUCUCAUCGGAGGCACGAGAUGACAACUCAUCAGAAGAAAAUCCCAGACCACGGUGUCCUGAGAAGAUUCCUCUGAUUCUCCGUAAAAUGCUUGGGCAGGAUUUUCCACGUCCUCCCAUAUCAGAGGACGGGCUCAGUGUUCCCAGAAGAGAGGGGUCAAGCACUGUGCUCAGCUCUGGGGACCCAGCAAGGGUCCAAGCAGAUGUGCUGGACUCCAGCCAAGAUGCUUCUCGGAUGCUCACCCAGAUGGAGGAAGCCUUCACAGCGGAAUGA